CUACGUGCCACGGGGAUGCGGCUCGGGAAUCAGAGCCCGACCCCAAAAUUUGACCCCAAAAUUUCUCUUGCAGAGGUUCCUGAGCCCUCGCUCCCCGUCCCAAGGCAGAUCCCAGCGGAUCCCCGGUGCCCCGCGGUGCCGAAGAAGGACAAAGCCCUGGAAGGGGACAAAUCCCCGGUGACAGUGCUGCCCAAAGGCCCCCGGACCGAGGCUGUGACAUGCCAGCCCCAGGUGCGACCACCCCCGCAGCCCCCCGGGCCCUGCACGCAGCUGCUGCCCAACGGCGAGGCGGGCAACGGGAGCUGCCGGGCCGCGCCCGGCGCGCAGAAACCGCCGCGGAAGCUGCAGCCGCCCCACUCCAUCAACAGCCAGAGCAGCAAGAAGAGCAAGGGCAGCUCCAAGUCGCCCUCUUCACACAUCCCCAUUGAGGCGCAGGAAGACUGCUGCGUCCACUGCAUCCUCUCCUGCCUCUUCUGCGAGUUCCUGACCCUCUGCAACAUCGUGCUGGACUGCGCCACCUGCGGCUCCUGCACCUCCGAGGACUCCUGCAUCUGCUGCUGCUGCUGCAACUCGGGCGAGUGCGCGGACUGCGACCUGCCCUGCGACAUGGACUGCGGCAUCAUCGACGCCUGCUGCGAGUCCGCCGACUGCCUGGAGAUCUGCAUGGAGUGCUGCGGGCUCUGCUUCUCCUCCUGAGGGGCCCUGCUGGGGGGGGACCCGCACGGGACCCCCCGGGCUGUCCCACAGCGGGCGAGGAGCCAGCCGGUCUGGGAGGAGGAGGAGGAGGAGGAAGAGAGCGAAUCCCCCGCUGGAAUCCUCGUCCUUGGAGCCGUGUCCUGCCCAGGGAAGGGUGACCCCAGGGGGCUGCGGGGGCUCUGGGGGUGUCCUGGCCUGCUCUACCUCUGCCAGCACUGGGGGGCACCCCGGGAGCCUCCUGCCACCUGAGCCGAGAGCAGGAGAGCUUGUCACACAGAGCCAGCCCAGAACUGGGGACAGCCCAUCCUGCAGAGCCACCCCAGCCUUAGGGACAGCUGUCACACAGAGCCACCCCAGCCUGGGGGACACCCAGUCCCACAAAGCCAGCCCAGCCUUGGGGACAGCCCGUCCUCCAGAGCUACCCCGGGUCUUGGCCUUGGGGACACCCUAUCCCAUAGGGCCACCCCAGCUCCUGGGCGGGGAGCCGUCACACAGAGUCCCCUCAGCCUUGGGGACACCUGUCCUGCAGACCCACCCCAGCACUGGGGACACCCAGUCCCACAGAGCCACCCCAGCUCCUGGCGUUGGGGACAGCCCAUCCUGCUGCCACCACCCCAGGACACUCCAGGGGUUACAGGGGUGGCACGGAGCAGGGACAUCACCCAGGCUGGGUGACCCAUGGGCACUGGGACACGCUGGAGCCUCCAGCCCUCUGCGUGGUCCCCAGCUGGGGGACACGUCCUGCCAGGCCCCUGCCCCCGGUGCCCAAGUGCAAUACCCACAGAAGCUUUUCCUGCAGCUGUGCCAAGCUCUGUGUGUCCCCCAUGUGUCCCCCGUGUGUCCCAGUCAUGGUGGGGCAGGAUGGCGUGGCUUGGUUGGUGCCAAAUGACCCCCAGCAGUUGCUGGCCCCAUCCUGGGGACAGAGGUGGGGGUGGCAGACACCCCUCAGAUGGGCUGGG